AAAUGGAUCUAGCGGCAUGGUCCUUGCUGGAUGGCUCCCAAAGCCAAGAAGUCUGCAGGCGCCGCUGGGUCCGCUGCCAAAGCUGUGGCGGCCCGACGAGGUGCCAAAAGCAAGGCCAAGGUAAAAAGUGCUGCGGCGCCCGCGGCACCAACCCCACAGGAGCUUGCAGCUGUGCAACUGCAACGUUUUUCUCGCGGCUUUCUAGCGCGAAGACGUGUGAAAGAGAAGAGACAGCAGCAACGGCAGCUGGCCGAGGCACUGCGGGCCUCCGAAUUAGCUGCCCUGAAGGCCGAACGGCGGCGUGCGGAACAGGAGAGCGCUAAGCAAGAGCAGAAACGGAAACUGGCGCAGGAGCGGCUUGCUGACACACGUGCCAUGCUGGAAGCCGCUUUCGAGGGGAAGGAGGAGAUGGUCCUGAAGUUUCUCGAGAAAGGUUUGCCGGUGGACGCAGCCGCACAGGGGAUUACCCCUUUGUCUGAAGCAGCCGCUGCGGGGAAGACGGAGCUGCUCCAGCUGCUCUUGGACCGCAAGGCCAAUCCCAAUAGCAGAGGCGAGUUCAAUCGCACGCCUUUGUGGCGAGCAGCAUACAGCAACAGAUCUUCCAUUCUGCCGCUUCUACUUGAAGCCGGUGCAGACCCACGCUUGAGGGACGAGCAUGGACAGGGUCCAGGAGACGUGUGCAACGAGGACUUGGCGGAGCUCUUAAAGUCCUGGGACCUGGAACGCACCGAUGAGCUCUUGGAGGACUAUGACUCCUAUCUUUCCGAGCUCCGCACCCAAGAGCUCCGACGACAGAGCGAAGAGAUGCAUGACGUGGAAGAGGCUUAUGAGGUCUGUUUGAAAAAGCACCAGGCGGCGCAGAUGAUCUUCGCCAAAGCCAAGAUGCAGAUGCGCCUGCGCGAGAAGGAGUGGGGCCAGAAGCUGGCUGCUGGUCACCAGGAUGCGCUGGAGGCCUGCGCCUCGGCCGACCAGGCGCUGCAGCAGGCGGAAGAAACGGCGGAGGAGGCACGGAGAAGCUUCGACCAGGCCGCCCUGGCUCGCCUCGCGGCAGCAGAGCAGUGUGGGGUUACCUUGGCCGUGGCUGGGCGCGACGUGCCGGUGCGCGAGUUAAACAACGUGUUAUUGCGCGACCUGGGCGAGCGCAUUGCUUUGAGCAGUCGAUGGCCUUUAGUCAUUGAUCCUGAAAACAUCGCACAGAAACUCAUCCAGUAUUCAGGCUGUUCUUUGCUGAAUUUCUUCUACCCCAGCGACAUGGAAGCUGAACGUUUGCGUUUGUCCUUGCUGAGCAUGCUUCGUGCAGGUGGCGUCUUGGCCCUGGAUCUCCUGUCUUUUGGCGCUGGGGUGGCCAUGGAACUUCUGGCAGCGCCUUUUGAGGAAUUGCGCCCCAAACUCUUCGCAGACUUGUGUAGCAGACAGCUUCUGAAGGCCCCAAGCUCUGGCCGUGGUAUGCCAGCCUUCUAUGAGCUGACCACCAAGGAGGAACGCCAAGACCGUUUCAAGGCGCAGGUCUUUGAGGAGAAACGCCUUGCCACCUUCAAAUUUAUGAUCCUGACAACCACUGAACUGCCACACCCGGAACUCAUGGAGCAUUUUGAUCUAAUUCGGGUCGUGCCCAAUGUGUGAUGUGAGUUCCUUUUCCUGCAAGAUGCGGGG